GCGGCGGCGCGCACGCAGCCCCGCGCAUGCGCAGAUCGCCCGCCAUGCUGCCGCUGCCGCCGAGCCUCCCCCGCCUCCUCCGUGAGGGGCUCCCGCCGCUCCCUCAGGAUCCCCCGGCCCCGCGUCCCCCCCGGCCCACGCCGCCCUUCACCUUCGCCCCCCGCCGCCUCCACCUCGGCCUCCAACACCCGCUCUUCGAGGAUGGGGACGUGCACAGGCACCUCUACCUGCAGGGCGUCCUCACCAGCCUGGAGGAGGUGGCCGAGAGACCCAAGGUGUCCGAGUUCAGCUGCCACAUCUCUGGGUGCAGCCAGGUGUUUGACACACUGGAGAGCUAUGAGCACCACUACAACACCCUGCACAGGAAUGUCUGCUCCUUCUGCAAGCGCUCCUUUCCCUCUGGGAAUCUCCUGGAUAUCCACAUCUUGGAGUGGCACGACUCACUCUUCCAGAUAAUGGCUGAGAAGCAAAAUAUGUACCAGUGUCUGGUGGAAGGCUGCACAGAGAAGUUCAAGAGCAGCAAGGACAGGAAGGAUCACCUGGUGACCGUGCACCUUUAUCCUGCUGACUUUCGGUUUGACAGGCCCAAGAAGGUGAAAUGUGGCUCCAAGCACACGAGCUCUCCUGUGGAGCAGGGUGCCAGCAUGCCCAUGGAUGUGAGUGUGGAGAUGGCAGAGCAAUUCCAAGUGAAUCCCAUGGAAACAGGGCAUGAGGAGAACAUGGAGAUCUCUCAGCCUGCAGCCAGCCCCCCCUUACUGCCAGAGAAACGUCUCUACAAAUCCAGGGUCCCAUCCACAAUUUGCUUUGGACAAGGUGCCACCCGAGGAUUUAAAGGACCACGGAAGAAAGUGUGAAGGUCAGCACAGCAGAUUUGUGCAAGAUGAGCAGGCAUGGAGCCAGUGCCACCAGGGAUAUUUCCAGUUCCCACUCCAUGGAAUAAACCACCCAAACCAAUUGAAGCUCUACCAGCAUUUGGGCACAGGUUCCUGAUGUUAAACAGAACUGGCAUCACCUACUGAGUUAAGAAUCCUCAAGAUUUUAGGAAGGGGAACCCAGAACAUGUGAUGAGGUAUUAAGAAAACUGUCCUGCAGCUGAGGCUGCAGAGGACUGGGUGUUUUAUUUUUUGCCUCUUGGGGGUAUAAAAUGGAUUCAAGAAGUUACAGGAUGACAACAUGACUGUAUGGAAGCUGGAGUCACUAAGAAAAGAAAAUGGGAGGAAAAAAAAAACAUUGAUCCUUUGUUCUGACACUCUCCAUCUUGCUGAAGUCUCCUCUGCACCCCAGCACCUGCUCUGAAAGGUUUGUCUGGGCCAGGAGAAGCAUUUUCACAGGGAGUUAAAAUAAAGUGACUUCCAGCCAGGUGAAUAAAUAAAAUAAAUUUUUACAAAAUUGCUUCAUAGAGAAUUUAAGUGCUGCUUUGGAGCCCAGGCAGAGACAGACGUGUGGAAUGAACCUCCCUCACUUUGCUGCAAAUGCUGCCAAAAUCAGGUUGGGAUGGAGAUUGUUUUCCCUUUGUAAUCUUAUCCUCCUGGAAAAAACUGGAAACAGAGCCACUGGUCUUGGGGUCCUGGUGAAUCUUGGCACUCAAAAAUUGUGCGUAAGAGGAAAAAAUGAGGUUUCUGGAGCAAUGUUUAUCCAAGGAGCUUAGGAUCUAUAAUUGCAUUUUUUUUCCCUUCCCCCGCUCUGUGAGGAAUAGAAGAUCAAAGGGGCUUUGAAAAAUCCAUGCAAAUGGGAGCAGGGAACGAUGCUUACGGAGAUGUAGGAGAUUGCCCAGUGAGUUUUAAAAAGCUUCACUCUGUUUAAAACUCAUUCAGCUUGUCCAGCCCUAAUCCCUGCUCUGUGGGCUCUGGAGAGUGCUGCCACACAGCUGCCCAGGGACAUCUCUCAGCAGGAACCAAAAAUCACUUCCCAGCACUAAAGCCCCAAAUGAGGUUUUUCCCCACACUGGGAUAUCAGGGAAUGGGAAGCAGUCCCCAGGCUACAGGAGAUGCCUGCAGGCUUUGGUACAAAGGUCAGGCAGCAGCCCAGUCUGCUCUUAUGUGCUCAGGUGCACCUGACCUGGGAA